UGAUCUCCAUCAGGAACCUUCUCUGGUUUUCCUCUGUCCCUCCUCCACAACAUCUCCAUGUCCAACAUCCUUCCUCCAGUUGUACUUCUGCAGUGAAUCAUUCAUGUCGACAUUUUGACACGUUUCCAUUUAGUGUUGAACAGAAACUAAACUAACCAACCGUCCUGCUUCUCACUGCUGGUAUGAAGGUGGUUCCUGAGUGAAAUGUGAGUUUCAUCCUGUGAAGGUUUGUCUGCUGCUCUGAUCCCUUGAUGUGGAGGAAGGAGGCGGGUUCAGCUCAGUGACAGCAGCUGAACUGAAGCUUCAGAUCAGUCAGAGCUACGAUGAGACCAACAUCUCUACCAGCUUCACUCUUUCUGGCCUCUUUGCUGAGCUCUACUGGGAUUAAAGUUCUCCCAGUUUAUCUGACUGUGAAUCCCAGCAGAUCUCAGUUCUUUGAAUAUGAAUCAGUGACUCUGAUCUGUGAGGAUGAAAACAGAUCUGAUGGAUGGACUGUGAGGAGAAACACAACCAAAGGAACCAGGAAGACAUGUGAAGAUGGAUGGGGGAAAUUAAAUGGUUCUGUCUGUAAUAUGAACUACAUACAGCCAUAUGAUACUGGUCUGUACUGGUGUGAGUCCAGGUCUGGAUCCUCCAGCAGCAGCAGCAGCAGCAGCAGCAGCAGCAGCAGCAGCAGCAGCAGCAGCAGCAGCAGCAGCAUCCAGCUCUCUGUCUCUGGUGGAUCAGUGAUCCUGCAGAGUCCUGUCCUCCCUGUGAUGGAGGGAGAUGACGUCACUCUGAGCUGCAGAGCAAGGAAUCCAACCCACAACCUCCCAGCUGCUUUCUAUAAAGAUGGCUAG